UUGCCUUCGUUUCAGUUUUGGGAGGUGAUAAGCGAUGAGCAUGGCAUCGACCCCACUGGCAGUUACCAUGGCGACAGUGACUUGCAGCUGGAGAGAAUCAAUGUGUACUACAAUGAAGCUGCUGGCAACAAAUAUGUACCUCGGGCCAUCCUAGUGGACCUGGAGCCAGGCACCAUGGACUCAGUGAGGUCGGGACCAUUCGGCCAGAUCUUCAGGCCAGACAACUUUGUGUUCGGUAUGUCGUCAUGCUCCAGGAGAGCUGCCCAGCUGACUCAUUCCCUUCCUAGCAGCUGUGGGCUUUACAGUUCUGUGUGCAGCAUCCAGCUGAGCCUGUGUCCCAGGGACCACAAGUCCUGGCCUAACCUAUGCAGCUGA